AAUAAACAAUUAAAAAAAAUAAAAAAUUCAAUGGAGUAAAAAGUUCCAUAAGAAAUAAUUGAUUAUUAUUCUCCAUAUCAAAAUUAAAAAUUAAACUUAAAAGUGACAAACGUAUUGAAUGCUUCUAAAUUUGAAAUGGAUGAAAAUUACACGAUUAUAGAUUCAAUUGGAUAGGGAGCUUAUGGAAUCGUGGUUGCAGCAAGAGAUUAAUAAAUAGAAGAUGAAGAGAAUAAUUUAGUAGCAAUUAAAAAAAUAGAAAAGGCUUUUGAGCAUAAAAUAUUUACAAAAAGAACUUUGCGUGAAUUACGGCUUUUGAGGUUACUUAAGCAUGAAAAUAUUAUAGGCAUAAAUACAUUAUUACUUCCUAAAUCAAGAGAAGAAUUUGACGAUAUUUAUGUUGUUUCAGAAUUAAUGGAGACCGAUUUAGCUUCUAUUAUUAAGAGUGAUUAACCUCUUUCUGAUGAACAUUGCUAAUUUUUUCUUUAUUAAAUUUUAAGAGGUUUGAAAUAUAUUCAUUCUGCUAAAGUUGUUCAUAGGGAUUUGAAACCUAGAAAUUUAUUAGUUAAUUCAAAUUGCGAUUUAAAAAUUUGUGAUUUUGGUCUUGCUAGAACAAUAAUCCCAGAUUUAAAAUGUAAAGCUGGAAUGUUAACUGAUUAUGUUGCAACAAGAUGGUAUAGAGCUCCAGAAUUACUAUUAUCAUGGAAAGAUUACGAUGAAAAAGUUGAUGUAUGGUCAGUUGGAUGUAUUUUUGCUGAAUUGUUAAGAAGAAAACCUUUUUUACCUGGAAUUGAUACAAAAAACUAAAUCGAAUUAAUUUUCGAAUAUUUGGGAACUCCAACUGAAUAAGAAAUCAAUAGUAUUCCAAAAGAUAAAUUUAGAAAAAUGGUUAAAUAAAUACCAAAAAGAGUUGGAAAGCCUUUUAAAAAUUUGUUUCCAAAUGCAUCGCAUGAAGCCCUUGAUUUAUUAUAAAAGCUACUUACUUUUGAUUUUAAUAAAAGAAUAUCAGUUGAAGAAGCUUUAUCCCAUCCUUAUUUAGCCGAAUUACAUUUUCCUGAUGACGAACCUGUGUGUGAACCUGUUUCAAGAUUAGAUUUUGAAUUUGAGGAAUAUAAUUUAACUCUUUAAUAAUUAAAAGAUUUGAUUUAUGAAGAAAUUUUAUAUUAUCAUUAUCCUAAAUUUGCUUAAGAGCAAUAUGAGAAGAAAAUAAAAGGAGUUUCAUUAGUAUCUCAUAUUUUAAAUAAUGCAAAUAAAAAUAUUCCUGAUCCUGACUCAAGUGAUGAAUAUAGUGGAUAAUCUGAUGAAGAUGAUGAUGAUAAUUGAAAAUUGUUAAAUUAGAAUAAAAAAUUUUAAAUUUAUUUGUUGUUUUGUAUUGAAAAAUAUAUAAAACUAUAUAUGCGUUCUUUUUUUUUAUUAUUUAUUAUAAAAUAAAUAUAACUUA